AUGUCAGUCAUCACGUGGUUGUGUUUGUGUGGUUCCCUUGGGGUCCUGGUUACAGCUUUACCCGUUCAACAACAGUCUGUUGCUAACUGGGUGGAUCCAGUUAUUGAGCCUUUAGACCAACACAAGAGCUUCACUCAGCAACCAGAUUGGAUUCGGGAACAAAAUGAAGUUCAACAACAAAGCAGUUUGCCACAAGUAGCUUCGUCUGUACAAAACAAUAACGUGAGACGCAUUGGCUUCAAAAACAACAACAAUUUCUUUUACCGUGAUCAACCGAUGUCAGUGGUUGGACCGGAUGGACAAACAUAUUACGUAGGAAGCCAGCUCAGUCCGUCUAAAGCAGGUCAACAAACACCAUCUGAUGCAGAGGCUAACUCAGUCACAGAUAAUUCAGUUCCACAACCUUCUCUCGGAUUCGGAACUGAACCGGAAUCGGUACUCUCACGUCCGGGUGCAUGGAGCAACGCAGAACUUGGUCCAUCUCAGUCUAAGUUAGAAGCAGAAAUAAAGGCUUUACAGAGAGAUCUCCCUGUAGAAGCGGUAAAUCCUGAUGCUUCACAAACUGAAACAGCUCCUUCAGGGAGUGGUAACAAUUUUAAUAAUAAUGGUCCAGAUAAUGGCGAUGCUAAUGAAGAUGAUGAAGACGAUGACGAUUUAGAUAACGAUGAUGAUGACGACGAUGACGAUACAGAUAACGAUGAUGACGACGAUGUUAAUGAUGAUGGCAGCGACGACACCAAUGAUGACGAUGGUGCUGAAAAUGAUGAUAAUGAUAAUGACGAUGACGAUGUCAAUGAUGACAGUAACGAUGGAAAUAAUGAUGACGUAAAUGACGAAGACGUUGACGAUGGAAAUAAUGAUGACGUAAAUGACGAAGACGUUGUCGACGGAAAUAAUGAUGACGUAAAUGACGAAGACGUUGACGAUGGAAAUAAUGAUGACGAAAAUGACGAAGACGUUGACGAUGAAAAUAAUGAUGACGUAAAUGACGAAGACGUCGACGAUGGAAAUAAUGAUGACGAAAAUGACGAAGAUGUUGACGAUGAAAAUAAUGAUGACGUAAAUGACGAAGACAUCGACGAUGGAAAUAAUGAUAACGUAAAUGACGAAGACGUCGACGAUGGAAAUAAUGAUGACGUAAAUGACGAAGACAUUGACGAUGGAAAUAAUGAUGACGUAAAUGACGAAGACGUCGACGAUGGAAAUAAUGAUGACGUAAAUGACGAAGACGUCGACGAUGAAAAUAAUGAUGACGUAAAUGACGUCGACGAUGGAAAUAAUGAUGACGUAAAUGAAGAAGGCGUUGACGAUGAAAAUAAUGAUGACGAAAAUGACGAAGACGUCGACGAUGGAAAUAAUGAUGACGUAGAUGAAGAAGACGUUGACGACGGAAAUAAUGAUGACGUAGAUGAAGAAGAUGUUGACGACGGAAAUAAUGAUGACGUAGAUGAAGAAGACGUCGACGACGGAAAUAAUGAUGAAGAAAAUGACGAAGACGUUGACGAUGGAAAUAAUGAUGACGAAGACGUCGACGAUGGAAAUAAUGAUGACGCAGAUGAAGAAGACGUCGACGAUGGAAAUAAUGAUGACGAAAAUGACGAAGACGUCGACGAUGGAAAUAAUGAUGACGUAGAUGAAGAAGACGUCGACGAUGGAAAUAAUGAUGACGUAGAUGAAGAAGACGUUGACGAUGGAAAUAAUGAUGACGAAAAUGACGAUGACGUCGACGAUGGAAAUAAUGAUGACGAAAAUGACGAAGACGUUGACGAUGGAAAUAAUGAUGACGUAGAUGAAGAAGACGUUGACGAUGGAAAUAAUGAUGACGUAGAUGAAGAAGACGUCGACGAUGGAAAUAAUGAUGACGAAAAUGACGAUGACGUCGACGAUGGAAAUAAUGAUGACGAAAAUGACGAAGACGUUGACGAUGGAAAUAAUGAUGACGUAGAUGAAGAAGACGUUGACGAUGGAAAUAAUGAUGACGUAGAUGAAGAAGACGUUGACGAUGGAAAUAAUGAUGACGAAAAUGACGAAGACGUUGACGAUGGAAAUAAUGAUGACGUAGAUGAAGAAGACGUUGACGAUGGAAAUAAUGAUGACGAAAAUGACGAAGACGUUGACGAUGGAAAUAACGAUGACGCAGAUGAAGAAGACGUUGACGAUGGAAAUAAUGAUGACGUAGAUGAAGAAGACGUCGACGAUGGAAAUAAUGAUGACGUAGAUGAAGAAGACGUCGACGAUGGAAAUAAUGAUGACGUAGAUGAAGAAGACGUUGACGAUGGAAAUAAUGAUGACGUAGAUGAAGAAGACGCUGACGAUGGAAAUAAUGAUAAUGAUAAUGACGACAGAAACGUUUCAGACUUCGAACAGGUGAACGAUACAACAGAAGAUAAUGUUGAAAUCGAUGAUGACAAUGAAGAUGAUGAUGAUGCAAAUGGCGAGGGCAAUAACGACGAUGAAGAUGAAGAGGAAAUAACCUCAGUUGAAACUGAUGACGACGAAUUGGAGAAUGACACUGAAGCUGAGUCAGAUGGAAAUGACAGUGCUGAAGAAGAUACUGACAAGAGUGGUGAUGAUAAUGAGGAUUUAAAUUCUAUAAACCACGAUAACACUGAUGAUCACGAUUUGGAUGUAUCUGAAGAGAUAGAAAGGGAGGAAGGUGAUAUAGAUGACAAUUCUCCAAGACCAGAGCAAUCAUCUGGAGAAGUAUUGGAGGAUGUUCCAAUGGACGCGGACGAGGAAAGUGAUGAGGAUAAAGAAGACGAUAUUCAAGAUGCAGAAUCACUCUCGGAGGAAACGGUCGAAGAUGAUGAUCUUGAUGGUGACGACAGUGAUGAUCUUGAUGGUGACGCCCGCAAUUCUGAUAACGAUAGUGAGGAGGAGGAGGACGACGAUGACGAUUUUGAUGACGAUUUCAUUACUGCAUUUAAGAAUCAUCUCACUAAUAAUUUGGGUAUUGACGUAAGAGGCAUUAAUGACCCAAGUCAGAUGCUCGAUAAAGUAAGUAAGACCAUGGACGGUACAACAAAUGGUGACAGAAGUGAGAGAGAUGAAAUCGACUACGAGUUAAUGGGAAAAUUGGGAUUUAAAAAAUCCAACGAUGAAAAUUCAGACGAGUUUCUUGAAAGGGUGCUUGAUGAAAUCGAGAGUCCUUCUGUCAGCGCAGAAAAUAAAGAAAUUCCAAACGAAAGUGAAACAGAGCCACAAAGAAGUGGUUCUGAUUUGGCUUCAAUUGAUUUAGUACCAAGUGACUUUUCUAAUGCUGAUAUACAACCAGUUGUUGGAUCGUAUGAUCUACCAGUCGAUGAAGACUCAAAUAAUCAAGACAUGAUAUGGGACGACGUAGUGGGAGCUUCUCUCCAAGGUGCUGGAAACCCAAUAGUGGUAUAG